GAAACGCUACGGAAAUGUACCUGUACGGAACGCAACUCUGGCUUAAUCUCCUGGGCUGCAUCUACGGCGCCUUCUUCGUCAUCUCCACUCUGCUGCCUGUGCUUUACCCCCUCGGCCUCGCCACCAUGAAUGAGUACCUACAGUUACGCUUCGAUUCGCCAGUCCUGAGGAAACUGGGCUCGCUGUCACAGCUCGUUAACAGCGGGUUUUAUCUGGGCAUCUGUCUGUAUGCCCCGUCGCUCACACUCAGCUCGGUCACCAAGCUUCCUAUGUGGGCGGCCAUUGUGUCUCUGGGCAUCAUUUGUUCCGUGUAUAUUUCUCUGGGCGGCGUGAGGGCGGUGGUGUACACAGACGUCCUGCAAACGACGGUCAUGUUUGUGGGCGUCUUGGCCGUCGUCAUGCAAGUGUGUAUCGACCUCGGAGGCUUAGAUGAAGUGUGGAGCAGAGCCGUCGAGGGAAAUCGGAUCGACUUCUUCAACUUCGACCCGAACCCUCUGGUGCGCCACACGUUCUGGUCGGUGCAGGUCCUGGGCGUCUACUUCUUCGUCAGCACCAUCGGGAUCUCGCAGCCGCAGUACCAGAGGCUCGUGUCCGUCAGGAAUCUCAGAAUAUCGCAAAUGCUCUGCGUCGCCUUCGUCAUCGGCCUCAUCCUCCUGUGGUCUCUCUUCUACCUCUCGGGCCUCGUCGCCUACGCCGCCUACGAGGACUGCGACCCCCUAAGCAACGGCCAGAUCGAGAAGCCAGACCAGAUCCUCGCCUUCCUCGUGGCCGACAAGCUCCACCACCUCCCUGGGAUGACCGGGGUGUUCGUGGCAGCUGUGGCCGGCGCCGUGCUGAGUUCUCUCUCGUCGCAAGCGAACGCAAUGGUGGUGCUUCUGUGGGAGGAUUUCCUGAACGGCUGGUGGGUCUUCAAAGAUAUCUCGCACACGAAGGCUAAGACGAUCACGCGGGUCUUGUCCUCGUGCAUGGGUCUCCUGGGCAUCGCUCUGGCGUUUCUGGUCGCCAACCUUGGCACCUUAUUCCAGGUAGCCUACAGUAUCAGUGGCGCUCUCGUCAGCCCUCUGGACGGACUCUUCGUGACUGGAAUCUUGGCGCCUUGGGUCAACGCGAAGGCAAGUGUUGAGGAUUUGAUAAUGUCAUUUUUUGCAUUGAUCCUUAAGUGCUGAAAGGAAAGUGUUGCUCUUGGUUCGUUCUAAAAGAAGUGCUUAGGAUGUGAUAUUUUUAUACUGUCUUUUUUGGGUAAGUUUAUGUUAUAUGGAAAUGUUUUGGUUAAAGGCAAGUUUCAAGAGUAUGAUAACGUUAUUUUGAUAAUUAACCUAAGGUAAGUGUUUUUAUGCUGAUUAUGUAACCUUUAAUUGCAGAAUAGUGCCAUGUGUUUGUUCACUAUAAGGUAAGUUCUAAUAAUAUGAUAAUGUAUUAAUUUCCUCUACAAAGCAAUAAUUCCCAAACUUUAGUUAAUCACGUAUCCCUUGUAUUUUUUCGUCUGUGUUUGUAUUUUGAAAAGCAUGCAUUAAGGAGCAUUCUUAUGUUAAAAUGAAUAACGUUAUUUGAAUACGGGAAAUCAACCUUAUAAUGAAAUAAAUAAUGGCUUACCCAUAGAUGAAUGAAAAUAGAUUAGAUACCAGAAUUGAGUCGUGGACCACCAGGCCACGUGCUCCAGUUUGGGAAUUUCUGCUCUAAUCUAAAUGCAAAUUAUAGGGCAAUGUUAUUUUAAUGUAAACUUAUGAGCUAAAUUCUAUAUUCUUUCCAGGUUUACUCUAGAGUAAGCGUUAAUCAUAUG